AUGCACAUCCCAACUCCACCUCUCCUCUUGGCCCUCGCCGCCCUUGCCAUCUUCCUCGCCCCAGCGGCCGCCGCCGGGGAGAACGCCGCUGCCACGGGUGGAUCCGACGACGCCGUGGGGACGUACCUGGUGGUCGUCUGCCGAGCCAAUGGACCCAAGGAGGACGGCGAGAAGCUGCGCGAGUGGCACGCCUCGCUGCUCGCCUCCCUGCUGAACACCAGCGCCGGCACGAUCCUGGAAGAGGCGCGGUCUCCGGACGGCGGCGGGCAGCUCGUCUACUCAUACCAGCAUGUCGUGAGCGGGUUCGCCGCGCGGCUCACGACGCAGCAGCUGGACGAGUUGCGCAAGCUCAACUGGUGCGUCGACGCCAUCCCGGACGUCGACUACCGGCUGAGGACGACGUUCACGCCGGCGCUGCUUGGGGUGAACACGCCCAAGACGGGCAUGUGGGCCGCGGCGCGCAGCAUGGGGGAGGGCAUCAUCGUCGCCGUCCUCGACAACGGCAUCGACCCACGCCACGUAUCCUACGCCGACGACGGCAUGCCGCCGCCGCCCGCCAAGUGGCGGGGCAAGUGCGAGUUCGGGGGCGCGCCGUGCAACAAGAAGCUCAUCGGCGGGCGGUCGCAGACGGCAGGGGAGCACGGCACGCACACCUCCAGCACCGCCGUGGGCUCCUUCGUCAGCAACGUCCAAAUGUUCAGGUCGAACGUCGGCACGGCCUCCGGCAUGGCGCCGCGCGCGCACCUGGCGUCGUACGAGGUCUGCUUCGAGGACACGUGCCCGUCCACGAAGCAGCUCAUCGCCAUAGAGCAGGGUGCGUUCGUGGACGGCGUGGACGUCAUCUCCAUCUCGGCCGGGGACGACACGCAGAAGCCGUUCUACAAGGACCUCACCGCCGUCGGGAGCUUCUCGGCCGUCAUGUCGGGCGUCUUCGUGAGCACCAGCGCUGGAAACUCCGGCCCGGACCUCGGGACCGUCUCCAACUGCGCGCCUUGGGUGCUCACCGUGGCUGCGAGCACCAUGACCCGGCGCGUCAUCUCCACGGUCAAGCUCAGCAAUGGGCUGGUGUUCCAAGGCGAGGCCAACAGGAGGUACAAGGCCCUCAAGGCAACCCCGAUCGUGUACGUCCCCGGCGUGUUCGAGGACGGCGCACUCAAGGCCGUCGACGUCCGUGGGAAGAUUGUGUUCUGUGACCGCUCGGAAGGCCCUACCAUGCGUGGCGAGAUGGUUCGCGCUGCCGGUGGCGUGGGCAUCAUCAUGUUCAACGACGAGACCGAGGGCGCCGCGACAUGGGCCAUGGGGAACAUGACCAUCGCGGCGGCACGCGUUAGCCAGGCCGACGGAGCGAAGAUCAUGGCGUACGUCAAGUCCACGGCCAACCCCACGGCGAGCCUCUAUUUCACCGGCGUUGUGCUGGACCCGGCCUUCCAGCCGGCCAUCGCACAGUACUCUUCACGAGGCCCCUGCAACAUGUCAAACCUCGGCGUGCUCAAGCCCGACAUCACCGGCCCCGGCACAAACAUCAUCGCCGCCGUCCCGGGCGGGAGCGCCGGCGCGCCCAACCGCACCUUCGACAUGCUCAGCGGCACAUCCAUGUCUGCGCCGCACCUCUCGGGGAUCGCAGCCGUGCUGAAGCGAGCGCGCCCAGGGUGGUCGCCCUCCGCGAUCAGGUCGGCGAUGAUGACAACGGCCGACGUGACGCACCCAGACGGCACGCCGAUCACCGACGAGAUCACCGGCAAGCCGGCGACACACCUCCUCAUGGGCUCUGGGAUGGUGAACCCCACCAAGGCGCUAGACCCGGGCCUCAUCUACGACCUCGCAACCAAUGACUACCUCCGCUACAUCUGCGGCCUCGGGUACAAUGACAGCUUCGUCAACGACAUCAUCGCACAGCCGCUACGGAACGCGAGCUGCGCAACCUCCGUCAAGAUCGAGGGCAAGGACCUGAACUAUCCGUCGUUCCUGGUGACACUCACGCCGGCCGCGCCGGUGGUCGAGGUCAAGCGAACGGUGACCAACAUUGGCGAGGCCGUGUCGGUGUACACGGCGGAGGUCGUGGCACCGAAGACCGUCGCGGUCGAGGUGGUGCCGCCGAGGCUGCAGUUCAGCACUGUGAACCAGAAGAUGGAUUUCACUGUAAGGUUCCGCAGAGUUGCCAAUCCCGUCAACGGCACGGUGGAAGGCAGCCUCCGGUGGGUCUCCGGCAAGUACUCCGUACGCAGCCCCAUCGUCGUCCUUGAUGGAACACUGAAAUUAGUUUAG